GUCAAUUUGCUAAGUUUCGAAAUUCCGUUUCCCUUCGUAAACUAAAACCCUCUUCCCAACUUUCAAAAUCUUCGGCUCCUAUUUUUGUAAAAAAAAAAAAAAAAAAAAAAAAAAAAAAUCCCAAGUAACCAAAGGUUUUCACCAGUCCAACGAAAGUAGUUAUAAAAACGACAUGUCGAGCAGCAACAACAACAACAACAAUGACGUGAGUAGUAGCAAUACGAGGUUGCCGUUGUCGGAGGUUGUGUCGGACUGUGUGAAGCGGUGGUUUAAGGACACGUUGAAGGAAGCAAAGGCUGGAGAUAUCAACAUGCAGAUCUUGGUUGCCCAGAUGUAUUAUAGCGGUUAUGGCAUAUCCAGAGAUGCCCAGAAGGGAAGAAUUUGGAUGACAAGGGCAUCAAGAACUCGGUCUUCUGUUUGGAAAGUUAGUGAUAAGCAUCCAGGUUAUAAUGCCAGUGAUUCAGAUUCAGACGAAUUGAAGGGUGAUUCUUAGUAGACCCUUUAGGCUUGUGAGUCCGAAACAAUCAAAUGCUCAGCUUGGAGCUAUGCUGUUCUUCGCGCACCUUGAAUGUGCCUGUAACAAGAUUUUGUUCUUUUUUCCUGUUCACUUGUCUUUUUUACUCCUCAUCCCCCAAAGAAAAACCCAAAAUAUUGCACUGUACAAAUUCUUUUAAUUGUCAUCAGAAAAUGAUUUCUUCAUUGCCCAUUCAUUGGCAAGAAUC